GAGAUAGGAACAGCCCUAAGGCAAGGAUUCCACCGGGGACCAGCAGAACUGUGGGGUGAGGUCCCGUACAACCCCUGAAGGAGAGAGACCCAGCUGGAGUCUCGGAGGAAGGCUGAGUGAUACAGCUUCCAUCCCAGAAUGGAGUACAAGAAACUGAGGCAGGGAUGCAACCCUGAUUCUACAAUGGACCACCGGGGAUACUCCAGGACUGAGUCCCCUACCACUUUGCACCUCAGUCAGGCCACGUGCCACGGCAUAGGUGGCACAGCAGGUUCUCAGAAAACCCAUGACACUGUUACAGCCUCGAAAAUGUGAUGCCAAAAAGGACCAAUCCUGCACAGAUCCAUGCCCCAGUGGGUGUUCUGGAUGUGCACAGGUUUCAGGAUUGGAUCCAACCUGCAGAGUAAGAAGACGGGUGACAUGGCAAAGUCCAACCUCUCCCAUAUUCUGGAAAUGCAUAAAAGGAGGCGUUAGUUCUGUCAUUUCUGAAACAAGCUGCAGCUUUCACUUUGGUGAUUUAAAUGGCGAAUAAAGUCCUCCAAGCCUGGCCUCCAAAUGAUCGUUACCGUGUUGGGAGCACAGUUAUCUCUGUACCCCACUCAGCGAUUCCUGUUUGUCGAAAUUAGUGCUAAGGCAAAGAUCCCCUGUUCUUCCAAAGAAAAGCUGGAAGGAGGUGGCAUUUCGGUUUAUUGGUACAGGAGAAGAGAAGGUGAGGGGCCCACCUGCAUCAAGAAAUGCUUAAAUGAUCAAAAUGUAAGUAAGUUUGCUUGCAAACUCGAGACACACGGCAUGACACUGGAAAUCUACAACGUCCAGCAGAAGGACUCUGGUGACUAUUACUGUGCAGUUAAAUCCAGCAGCUAUCUGAUUUUCGGCAAUGGAUCCACGCUGAUUGUUGGAGACAGCUACACCACCAGCAGCUGGGUUUUGCUUCUGGUUCCAUCUCCCCACGGCCUCAUUUCCACUGGGAUGGUUGAUCUGGCUUGCAUUGUCCAUGGAGUCUUCAACCCAGUCCAAAUUUCCUGGAAUAUUUCUGGGGAUCAGCAGGAAGAGGCACUAAUGCGAUCACUGAAAGCAAAGGAUGGAUCCUUAAUGCGCAUAAGUCACAUUAGCAUCCCAGAAGAUACCUGGACCAGUGUGAAAAUUUUCACCUGUGAAGUCAAAUUCAACUCUUCUGGCAACAGAGUUAAGAAAAGUGCCAGGUAUUUUGAAUUCCAUCCCAGCUGGUGUGUGCCGCAGAUAUUGCACCAUGUGGUGGCAGUUUUCCUGGUGGGGUUGAUGGUGUCUCUGAGUCUGGCUUGGAUUUGCUGCUGUUCCAGUCCAGGCUCAAAGGGUUUAUGCCCAAGUGGAGUUUCAGUCAAGGAAUCACAACCAGAUCAGGAUGCAGUGGCUGAUGGAAGAGAAAAAUCGUAACCCACACUGAGAUACGAGUCUGGAAACUCACAGCUGGUUCACUGCUGACCUCGACGACAGCAGCCGUUUUGUAAGAUGGUGUCUUUCUGUAAAAGCUGUUGGUCUGUUUUUACUGCUUCUGCUCGUCACUGCUGCUGCAUGUGGCUCAGUUGCAAAAUAUAAUUAAAAAGUAACCCGACUUGUCCACCUAGAGCAUAAAUAGCAGGAAGUCACAGAAAGAACCAAACCCGUGGAGGUGAGAGAUUUCCUGCUGCGAUAGGAAAGACAUUGUCAUGCCUGUGAGGCAGGUGCUGGCCCCUUCCUGACACUUACUGGGGUUCUUUGGUCGGCCCUUUCCAGUACCAAAAGAAAGGGGACGGGCCAAUGAGAAACUGACAGUCCUCAGGGCCAAUGGGGAGAGGCUGAUGCUCCAAGUCAGCUAGAUUGACAGGGCAGGCAGGCCAACGAGGGAGCCAGGAGCCUGGAGGGCCCGUCCUCUGUCUGAGGUUUACCUGCCUACGGCAGACUGAGUAGGGCUGAGUUAAGGGGAGAGCAGCUGCCGGAGCUGAGGUUGAGGUAGAGGCAGAGCAGCCAGAGCCAGAGGGGCCAGGGAGCAGCCCAGAUGGCAGAGCCGGGGGCUGGGGGCAGAGCCGAGGGUGGGGCAGCACAGAGGAGCUGGGCUGAGCUGCAGCGGGGAGCUGCGGGGCCGGAGCUGGGGAGCGGACGCCGGCCCCGCCGAAGUUAACACCGGAGCCAAGCAGCUGGCGAAAGCGAGGGGGACUCUGGGCACAGGGCCCGAUGCAGAGAGACGUCGCCAGACAAGAGGCCUCGCAGGCCGGACUCGGAGCAGGGACGUGAACCCGAUGGGACGGUUGGUGCUGGGGAGAAGGGUCCUGCCACCCCCAGAGCAGGGGUCUGACCCGGGGUAUCACCGCAGCACAGCCAGGGCCUGGGAAGGAGGCCUGGGACGUGUGAGGAACAGACUAUGAGCUUCCCUGAUGUCUCAGAUCCGGCUGGUUGUGCUGUCUCCUGUGCCCACCGGGUGGGGUUCCUUUUUCCCUUUAACCUUUCCCAUUUUUUCUCUAAUUUUUUUUACAGUUGUUGUUUAAUGGAUUGCAUUGGAUUUGAACUGUCUGUAACGAUCCGGGGGUCAGGGAAGCGUCCGGUGUGGAGAGAGGACCCCAGAGUGCGGACACCCUCACCUCUGUCCCAUGCAGCAAAGUCCUCACAUCCCCGAUCAGACUGGGGCUUCAGUCUCCCAGGAAUCCUAGGCCCAGCCUUGUUGGCGUUAUGACUCUGCCGCAUGGGAGACUGGAAAGGGAGUCCCCAAGGUCAGACAGGCAUCUGGGUAAAGGGAAUUGGAGCGAGGAGUCAGAUCCGUUCGAUGGCCAAUUCCAUCGGGUUAGUGUAUGAGCCAGGAAAGUUCCCCACAACAGCGGGACCAUCCCCCGAUUACAUACAGGUAUCUUUGCAACAUACUGGUGCAUUUAGGGACAAAUUCCACCCUCUCUGCAGGAGCAGAGGGUUGUAGACAGUGUCAUUUCAUAAAGGGUGUCAGGAUUGCAGGAGCCUGCACGUGGUCUAUGUGCUCCCUGUGUGCUCUGGAGCUUGGACUGGUUCCACCAAUGUUCUGUGACCCGUGAAGGAGACGAUUCCUCUCCUCUUCCCCCCUGAGCUCAGUUACUCAGGCUGUGCUCUGGUAACAGGAGUUGGGGCUCAGGGCCUGCCUUAUUCACACAGGCAGCCACAGUGAACUCAGCUACUCUCAUGUCUAGUCCGAAUCCUUAGUGCUUUUGAAAGGGGAGGUGGGAGGUUGUACCCACGAGAAACUGAACAUCCCCCCGAUUGGGCGUGAGACUCAGGUGUGUUACCGGUAGCACAAGCAGAACCAGCCUUGGCCCCCUGAUGCGCCGAUGGAAGGGGCAGAACCAGACAGAAGUGACACUUCCCAGCUGGGUGGAGGCUGCUUUUGGCUGCCUCCGAGGAGCUGCCAUCAGCAGGACCGAGCCGCCUGGCCAGCAGUAUCGUUCCCUGGUGUGGGGGGGGAUUAUGAAUGGGAAACUGUGUCUGAAUGGAGCUGCGUGAGGUCAGGCUCUCUCCGCAUCCCCGUCCUGGAGCAGCUACUCCAAUGAAUUCCUUGGGAAACUGCUGCUUUUCCCAAAGGGCUGGAUCCACAGGGCCUCAUGCCAGCACCUGUCUAUCUUCUCUAUGUAACAUGCUUUAUCAACGGGAGGGGCUCCCCCAGCCACGGAGCCUGCA